AUGAGGACUGCCGAGAAUGGGACCCUGGAUGAAGCCAGGGAGGCCCUGCAAAACCUUGCCCCCCAGAAGCUGGAGGAGCUGAAGCGGGCCUUCGCUGUGUACGACAAAGACGGGAAUGGCAGCAUCGAUGCCGGCGAGCUGCGGGGCCUCCUACAAUCCCUGGGGCAGUAUCCAACUCCCCUAGAGCUGAUAGACAUGAUGGAGAGGAUGGACACGGAUGGAUCGGGGGCGGUUGACUUUCUGGAGUUUGCGACGUGCCUAGCAGAGAACGACGAGACAGCUGAGCUGGAGGAGGAAGUACGGGAGCUGGAGUCGGUCUUCCUCCUCUUUGAUAAGGAUGGAUCUGGCCAGCUGUCGGCCGAUGAGAUCCAGAAGGCCUUGAAGCUGCUGGGGGUGGACAUGACGGCCCAAGAGACGGCAUUCCUUGUCCAGGAAAUCGAUGGCGAUGGGAACGGGGAGAUAUCCUUUCAAGAAUUCCUGGAUUAUGUUGUGGCAUUCCAGGGCCCCGUGGAUGACUGA